AUGUUAACCGGAGAAACAACACGUUUUUACAUAUGCGACUCCACGAGAAAAUCAGCGGUUCUGAACAAGAGGACAGUCACAAGACAACAAAUAUCAGUGGGUUAA